GCCGCUCGGGCCGGCCGCGUGUGUGAGCAGGUCGCAUGAGCGCGCCGGCGUGCUAGCGACGCGUGCGCGGGUGUGGUAUGCCCGCGCGUCGCAGCCAUGGUCCCGGUGUUGGCCCUGGCGCUGCUGGUCUUGCUGCCCGUGUCGGAGCAAGGUCCACACGAGAAGCGACUGUUGAACGCGCUGCUCCUCAACUACAACACCCUGGAGCGGCCGGUUGCGAACGAGAGCGAACCGCUCGAGGUCAAGUUCGGAUUGACCCUGCAACAAAUCAUCGACGUGGAUGAGAAAAAUCAAAUCCUCACAACGAACGUCUGGCUCAACUUGGAAUGGAACGACUACAACCUGAGGUGGAAUGACACCGAGUUUGGGGGGGUGAAGGACCUGAGGAUCACCCCCAACAAGUUAUGGAAGCCUGACGUUCUCAUGUACAAUAGUGCUGACGAGGGUUUUGACGGGACGUACCAGACUAACGUGGUGGUCAGAAACAACGGCAGUUGUCUGUACGUGCCUCCGGGCAUUUUCAAGAGCACAUGCAAGAUAGACAUCACGUGGUUCCCCUUCGACGACCAACACUGUGACAUGAAGUUUGGUAGUUGGACCUACGAUGGCAAUCAGUUGGAUCUGGUGCUCAAAGAUGAGGCGGGCGGGGAUCUAUCAGACUUCAUUACAAAUGGAGAAUGGUAUCUGAUAGGAAUGCCAGGCAAGAAGAAUACGAUAACGUACGCUUGCUGUCCGGAGCCUUACGUGGACGUGACCUUCACCAUCAUGAUCAGAAGGCGGACGCUGUACUACUUCUUCAAUCUCAUCGUCCCCUGCGUGCUCAUCUCCUCCAUGGCCCUACUGGGGUUCACGCUGCCCCCUGACUCUGGAGAGAAACUUACCCUUGGUGUGACGAUAUUGCUAUCGCUGACUGUGUUUCUGAACCUGGUCGCUGAAAAACUACCUUCAUCAUCGGACGCCGUCCCCCUGAUAGGAGUCACAAUUCUUCUAUCGCUGACGGUGUUUCUCAACCUGGUAGCCGAGACACUGCCGCAGGUGUCCGACGCAAUCCCCCUGUUAGGGACGUACUUCAACUGCAUCAUGUUCAUGGUAGCCUCGUCGGUGGUACUAACUGUGGUGGUACUCAACUACCACCAUAGGACAGCGGACAUACAUGAGAUGCCCCAGUGGAUAAAAACUGUGUUCCUGCAAUGGCUGCCGUGGAUCCUGAGGAUGUCAAGGCCUGGGAAGAAGAUCACGAGGAAGACGAUCAUGAUGUCCAAUCGGAUGAGAGAACUAGAGCUAAAGGAGCGGUCGUCGAAGUCGCUUCUGGCUAACGUGUUAGAUAUAGAUGAUGACUUUAGGCAUGCCCCGCCGGCGCCUAAUAGCACAGCUUCCACGGGGAAUUUAGGACCAGGAUGUUCGAUAUUCCGCACGGAUUUCCGUCGCUCUUUCGUGCGGCCUUCAACAAUGGAGGACGUGGGCGGGGGAUUGGGUAGCCACCACCGAGAGUUGCACCUGAUUCUCAGGGAGCUGCAGUUCAUCACGGCCCGGAUGAAAAAAGCGGACGAGGAGGCUGAGCUGAUCAGCGACUGGAAAUUUGCGGCGAUGGUUGUCGACAGGUUUUGCUUAUUCGUGUUCACACUAUUCACGAUCAUCGCCACAGUGGCAGUGUUGUUGUCGGCGCCACACAUAAUCGUGCAAUGAGAGUAAACUGAGCGUCGGUCGCCGGCGCAGCGCAAAGAGAGAAAUUUACACUUCGACGGUGUAAUAGUUGUAAGACUGUUAGCGAGGCCAGUCGUUUUUAAUUGUGUUUUUAUAAAAUAUUUUCUUUAUUUACCUUUGUCGAUGUUAUGUGCAUUUUCAUGUUUUUUGUGUCUUCAUCAUCAUUUCUAGCACAGCAACAGAGUUCACAGCUUGACAUGAGGUUACCCCAAGGAAUUCCUGGAUGACCGGUUGGAAGCGGCCUGCAUACAGUGUGUUUCUGUUUUGCAUUGUCAUCAUCAUUAUCAGUUAUCGAUGAUCUACUGUUGAGUAUAGAACUUUUAUCUACAUUAACUUAAUCAGUCCACUCAGUUGCAUAUCUAAAUCCGUCUACCGUAAUUAAUUCUAUUAGGUAGGUACAUAAUCUUUACAUUGAUUUAUAAAGUUGAUACUUUAAUUAUGAACAUUCACUGAAAUUUGUCAUUUUGUUCUAUUUUAUAUCAGAUAAUCCAACGCGCAUCUGGUUCACCACUGCCACAUUGGUAUAUUUCAAUGUUUUUUGAAUUUCAAUUCGAGUGGUCUCGAUAAUAUAUCUAUGUAUAAACUAUAUCUUACGCGGCUCAAACGCACACGUCUCCUUAAUGUCGAAAGACGGUAAAUAUAAAUCAAUACGUUAAAUAGAAUGUUAAGUCCAACAUAUUAUAAAAAGAUUGUGAUGUUGAACUAGGGUGUUAUACAGAAUAAAUGUUGACGAGUAUAAUUUGUUACAUAUAAUUAUAUUUCUAAUUGAUACUGUUAAAGGUUUGGGUUAAAGGAAAGGAAUGUUAGCUUUGAUUUUGUGUGUCAGGUGUUUCAAGAUCUUAAGAGAAUUUCUAAUAAAUAUUAUAUAACGAUUACGUAUGUGAAUUAACACAGAAAAUAGACUAACAAUUUAGUUCUAUAUCUAAAUAUCAGGAUCGUUCCAAUGACAUGGCAGGUGCGUAGUAAUGACUAGACCAUGCAUUCAAGUUUCAUUAAGGGCUGUCUGAUCAUAAACGACAUUACGUAGGUCAAGAAAAAAAUAAUGGAAAUUUAUGAAUUGGACCACAGAACACUGAAGCUUCGUUACCGACACGGACGUGUGUGAUCAAGUUCGUAUACAAAGUAGACUUGUAAGAAAACACGAGAGCCUACCAUGUCCUAGACACGGCCCUGAUGUGUGGGGAUAGACUUAAGUUUCUACAAAGUUGUCCAUAACGAGAAUGGAUGUAAUUGUGUCUAUACGUAAAUCGAAAAGUUUGAUGAUCUCGUUUUUUAUGUCGUCUGUGUAAGGCGUGCUAAAUUUUGAUGAAGUUAUAAGUAUAUUUGAAAAUAGGGUCCUAAAUAGUGUUCGAUCGAAACAGGAUUUUCAGCCAAAAUGAAAAACAAAUAAGUAAAAAAAAAUUAGUACAUAUUUUACCCGUUUAACAAAGUCUUAGUAACUUAUGUGAACAUCAACAAAAUGUAAUCGUUAAAGUAAUCGUGGUAACAUUAAUGUAAUAUAUUAUAUUAUGUGAACGACAUACCGAAUUUAAGCGUGGCCGGAAAUUCUGUCGAUUUUUGGGCCUAAAAAUCUUUGACCUUUCAAAAUCAAAUCCUUGGUCGGACACUAGUCGUAAUUAAGAUCUUAUAGGAAAGGCUCCAUAGUUUGUAAACCAAGUUUGUAAUAGUAUCCUUUUAAUAAACAAAUGAGGGAUCACACACGUGGACAUUACUUUAGGGUAAGUAAUGUACAUAACAUGAAGGAUCAAUAUUGGUAUAGACAAAAGAUAGCUUAGAGUACAUUAGACAACUGAAGAAGGACGAAGUUUCAAGCUAAAUCAGUUGGAAAUUAAAUUUGGAACAGGAAUUGCAAAAAGUGAUGGAAUUGAUGAGUCAGCAAUUAAAAGAACCAGUAGAAUUAGUGAGUUUUACUGAUAAAGAUUAAUACAGUCUGAUAACCAAUUAAUUUGAUAAAUUACGGAAUAAAUCUAAUAACGAGAGACGAUUUGUUAUUGAUAGAAUGUAAUGUAAAAUUUAUGUCGAUAGUUACGUUCAUAUGACAGCGAUUAGCGUGAAAUUGUGAUGUGCAUAAAGUUAUCAUUUUUUUGUUUUCCAGUAUUUCGUAUUUCUUUGGCAAAGCUCUCUAUUUAAAUUAUCACCGUUUAACAACCGCUAAAGCUUGAUACACAUAUUGGCCGAUGAGAUAUAGAAAUAUAUCUAUAUCUAUUCUAAAAUACUUAUACCUAUGUUACAUACGUCUUUUUCCAUUCAUUAUGCCAUUUAAUGUGUAAAAAUUUCGCUCUUUCGGCUGUCAUAUCUACUCACACGUAUAUGCAAUGGUAAAUUAAUAUAUUCGUAGAACACACGCAACCUAUCACAUUUAUUGGCCGAUUGUUUCAAAUAGAAAAAGUUGUAGGAAAAAAAUAUACAAAAAACGCUGCAGUAUCAGUAACUAGUUAAUAAUUAUAGUUGUAAAACACGUAACUUUAUUAAUAAUUGUGUAAAUAUCGCGAUGUGUAUUUUGUACAUAAAGUUUAGAAAAUGCGGAAAAAGACUUAAUGUUAUUUCACAAAUUAGAACGUUGCUACGAUAAUGUAGUGUUUUUGUCAUUAUUUAUUUUGAGGUUAUGAAACUCAGCGUUCGGAUAUCAUUUGGCGAAUUUUUGGUAAUACGAUGUGGACGUCUCGAAAUAACAUGUUGACAUAUUUAUCAGAGCAGAAAAUGAACUGUCCGCGUAUUGAAAGGCAAUUUAUCUUUUUAUGAGCAUUAUAUAUAUUUUUUUAUUUAACUACAAUUGAGUUGCGGAAACUUUAUCGGGUUUGGGAAGUCAGAAUCGCGGAUUUGAAGUUUGUGAACAACAACAAUCUCUUUUAAUUGUUUAUUUAUGUGUACUUAUUUAGCUUUUUUAAUUCGAUCAACUCACAAAAAUUCGUCAAGAUUUCCACUAUUAGAGCCCUUAUUACUUGUAGGAGCUAUAUUGUAACUAAGUAGGAGUAUUAUUUAAUGAAAAUACAUUAUAAUUCACAUCUUAUCUAUGUCCGUUCCUCGAUUUCACUCUUAUAGAUGUCGUGAUAGCCUAGUUAGUGUUGUGUCCCUUUAAGCUAUACUAAGUAUCAUAAGAAAGCUCACUAAAUAGUCGACUAAUUAAAUAAAUACGUCUCGGUGUGUUCUUUCAAAUCAACUUUUGGAUAUAAACGUUUUGUUUUUCAUAGAUUUAUUUUGAGUGCGAUUGUAUGCGUAUGUAUAACUAUCCUGCCAUUUUCUAAGAAAUAAAUAUUACAUGAGAGAACGCUGUGUGUAGGUACUUUUAUAGCGGAUAAUUGAUUUGAUUCUCAGAAAAUGGCGCGUUCGAAUAAGAUUUUUUUCUUCAACAUUUCUAUUGAUUCUAGGAGAAAAAAAAGUACAUUGUAUUAAUUUCUGUUAACAUUUAUUAAUAUUUACUACUAUUUAUUACGGUCCUUUUGCAAUUACCUUUGUUAUAAUACCGUGUGGUGCUCAAAUAAUAUCAUUAUAAUAUUAUUUUAGGACAUUUUCCUUUGUUCAUUAUAUAAAAUCAAUACUUAUUGAUGUUACAACUUUUUUAAUUAUAUCAAAAUUAUAUUGAUUUUAAUAUCAAAUACCCAAAUUAUUAAAUAUUUAUCAAUAAAUUUGUUAUUGAUUUAAAUGUAUUAUUAUAUUAUACUAUGUGUAAAAUUCCAUUCGGAAGUGAUAAGGAAAUGAAAUUAUAAAAUUAAUUGAUAUGUUUAAUUAGAUUUGUUAGUGCCAAAACAUAGGGUUUAUAAAUAUUGAAAUUAAGUUGGGUUAUAGGGGUAUAAAUAACAGAUAAAGUUGAGAAUUUUAUUGUAAAAAAUAAAAACGAAUUAGGGUGUUUGUUAACAUAUAAUUUAAUGUUAACGUUUGGUCGGACGGCAGACGAGGGCCGACCAGCCAAUUUUAAAACUUUUUUCUUUUAAAAAAUAAACGAGAGGUUGUGAAAACGAUUGUUAGGGCUUCGUCUGCGGUCCGAACUUUGAUAAAAUAAAACAAAUGUAUAAAAGUAACGUAGAAAAUGUUCUACAUAAAACGAAACAAUCGCCUGUACGGGACCGGGUAGACGUAACUUACAUACACAACUGUCAAAAGCAUACAUCGAUCUGUAGGUCGCACCUUAUUUUCAUAUCUUCUAUGUAAUUCACUGGAAUGUGCUUAAUUUUUAUAACUGUUUAGCUGUUUUAGACAUAGUUGCGGAAAUAUCUCAUAUAUACCACAUUUACAGGCCUCUUUGAAAACCAUCAUAAUAAUGAUAUAAUUAAAAAUGAAUAGGCCCAAAAUUUAAGCCUAUCCAAAUGUUGUACCAAUUGUUAUGAUCCAGAUUCAAUAAUAAUAAUUUGGGCAAUAUUUGUUAAAAUUUUAUAAGUGAAAUAAUCUUACAUCUUUUCGCCUUAAAGUUUCUUUACCAAUAAAAUCAUAUAAUAAAUAUUUUUAGUUACUUUUUUGAUGCAACUAUGUCUAAAAAUGACUUAUAUCUAUUACCUCUAUCCGAAUUUCACUACACUGAGGAACCAUUUUACACAAAUAUUUAAUCUACUCUCUACUCGAAACAUUAUUUUGUAUGUCUGUAUGAUCAUAUAUAUACAUGGAUCGUGAAUUUAAUCACUAAUCUAAUUAAAUAUUAUCAAAUUAUUAAAUAUUUAACUGAAACUAUGCUAUUACAAGAAUUCUCAUUACUAUUUAAACAUUCCAAUGUCCACAAUGCUUAAUAUUCUUUUAUAAAAAAUCUCCGUUUUUGACAAGAACGUAAAAAUAUAUAUUUGUAGCCAUCUAUUGUUUUUAUUUAUGUCAUACAGACAUACAUUCAAAUAAAUAUUGCACAACAGAAACUAAAUGCUUUAAUCGUAAAACAGGUAUUUUGGAGUUCCAUGUACAUUUCUAAUCCAGAAUGCUGUAGUUUAAGAUUUGGAUUCUAUAAUUGGGUUUCAUUAACACUUUUCUCACAUUCUCUUGUACCAUUUUACAUGCAAGCAAAUUAAUUGACAAUUAUACCAACAUAAAAUAGGUUUUACCACUUCUGCUAUAAGUAACUAAUAAAAAAUAUAUAUAUACAGAAAAAACUCGAUAUCCAUCUGUCUUUGUACGGAAACGGAGUUUUGAGUCGAAUUUUUAUUAAUCUUUUUAUUUAUUUAAUAUGUAUAAAAAAGAAUAAUUUUGCUCAUCCUGUCAUUGAGUUUGAAUUUUUCAACUUUCAACAAAAAUUCAAACAAAAUAACAUUUAAGUUAAAAUCGAUUAUACGAUAUAUAAAUAUAUCGUUUAUUGUUUUUUUGAAAUAUUGUUAAAAUAGGUCCAUAAAUGGCUCUCUAUAUGUAAAUUAUAAUAAAGAACAUGGUUGGUUGAAUAAAUAUGACUCAUAUAUGAGGCUUGCUAUGCCAUAUUUGAUUGCGAAUGCAAAGUAGAAAACAAAACAUCACGCUAUAUUCUUAUCAUACACGCUUCAGUCAUGCUUGCUAGUCGGCCAUCGUAACAUAUGUAUAGCCUUCAGUUUAACAAGGGAAAUUUUACAAAAGCAAUCACAGGGUUUUCCUUUAAUUACUACUUAAUUGAAAAUAAAAAAAUAACACGGACAGGCCUCUCAAAAUUUGGGCCUAUUUAAUAUAGGCCAAAAAUUUUCAAGUAGUUUAUUAAUAUAUCUCACUUAUAUCAUAGGCACUUGUUUAAUAAAAACUGAGAAAACAAAUAUCAAACUAAUUCUAUAAAUACAAAAUUAUAUUUGGACAGUAGAAAUCAUUAUUUCUAUUCACAAUAGAUAUAGUAAAGUUAUUAUCAUUACUUCGGAAAUGAAACAAAACUCGAUUCAGUUUAGAUUAGCUUUAUUUAGACUUUACAGACUGUACUCGUGUUGGUAAUCUCUAAAUCGAUUGUGUUAUCUGAUGAACCGAUGCAAAAAGUCAUGGGGCAACCCUAUUUCACCCGGAAACUUUUGGGAUAGCCCUAGGGACUCUGCUUUCGCGAAAUUUCCCUGUGGAAGGAGGAAACUCUACGAUCGCUCGAAUAUUGACCAACAGAUGUAUCAUUCCACUUUAUCACAUACUCCAUAUUGUGUUCCUGUGGCUUAAAUAGUCAGAUAAUAAAAUUAAAUUAAUAAAUAUGACUGCAGUAAGUAAAUAAAUAUUGCCGAGCGUUUGUGUAAGAUUUAUAAUGAAAAGCCCCUAUGGAGGUUUUUAUAAUAGAUGAAAAACUUAAUGCAAAGGUAAAUUUGUAACAUAAAAUUCAACGGGUAAACGUAUUCGUUAAAAUUGACUAUCGUAAGUAGCAUUCGAUUUGUAUAAAACUAAAAUAAAUUAAAGCAAUCUGAUUUAUACUA